AUGGGUUGUCUGUGCAGUAAAGACCAACGUAUUGAGAAGGCACCUAAAGAAUCAAACAAAAGGAUUGAUAAACAGCUACAAGAAGACAAGCAUAAUAACCAAAUAACUUGCCAGCGCCAGUUACUAAUGUUAGGAGCUGCUGAAUCUGGGAAAAGCACGAUAGUAAAUCAGAUGCGAUAUUUACAUGUGGAACUUACUGCAGAGGAGAAAAUGCAUUUUAUACAAAACAACAGUAAAAAGGCUUCAGGGACGUCUGAGACAUUUUUCGUGGUGGACGGUAUCAAUUUUCAUUUAUCUAAUGUUAGAGGUCAGAAGUACGAAAGCGGAAAGUGGAUGCAGUGUUUUGCUGAUGUGUGGGAUGUUAUUUUUGUGGUGGACAGCAGCAGCUAUGACAUGGUGAAGCAUGAAGACAGCCAGACCAACCAGCUGCAGGAGGCACUAAACCACUUCAAGAUCAUCUGGAACAACAGGUGGCUAAGGACCCUUCCUGUCUGGGUCUUACUGAACAAACAGGACCUUCUAGCAGAGAAGGUUUUGGCGGGAAAAUCAAAAAUGGACGAGUAUUUCCCAGAGUUUGCACACUACACUAUGCCUGAAUAUACAACAGCAGUACCAGGGGAGGACCCUCGAGUCACCAGGGCAAAGUACUUCAUACAUGACGAGUUUCUGAAGAUCAGUACAGCAGGCCAAAAAGACGAAACUGACAAUUGUCAUCUGGUUUUCAUCUGUGCAGUCGACACGGAAAACAUCCUGCUCUUCUUCAAAGUCUUGAGAGAUAGCCAGUUUGGUAGAUUUUCGACACUGAGACACAUAUUUUUCACCAACUGAGACAAAUGUCAACGAUUUGAUUACUUGAGACUUAAUUACUUGGCAUAAAAUAAAAUAACUUGAGAUUUGACUUUGACCGCAUUCCAGCCAACUACAUUGCAGUUGCCAGAUCUCACAAUGCCUGGAUAGGUGUUGAACAUAUCCACUAACCACAUCAUAUAAUAUAGCACUCUGACUGCGCAGUUCAUGACUGCAAUGUAUUCGGCCUGGAACGUGGCCUACGACUUGGAGACUCCACUGACAUGAGAGACUGAUGAGUUAAAAUACUUUUGUACUGUUUUGUUACUCACUGUGGCAUAUAGUUUUAUGAAAUAGAACCGCAAACCAAGCCUAUUUGAGUAAUCAGAACUAACCUUCUGUCAAUGGUAGUGUAACACUCUCUGAGCCAGCCAAUGGUGGGGAGCUUGUUGCGCUGGGCCAUGGCACACAGGUACACAAUGACGUAGUUCUCCGCCACCAUCAGGUCCAACGUUCCCACAACGUACCUGCAAUGUUUAGUGGUGCUGUGGUUAGGAAUGUCGACCUGAAGAGUAGCCAUUUCGGAUAGUGUUUUACUAAGACUGUGGCUUCUCAUCAAUUAGCUCUCACACCUGAACAGGUUGUCCAUGACAUGCUGGUAGUUCUCCAUGGUGUUUUCAGGGAGAUAGCAGGACGAGAACACAAUGAUGUCAUUAGACCCAUCUCCAUAGUAACCUGGAAGGAAAACAACAUUUGGAUGAGGGGAAAAUGAAUAUGCAAAAAAUAAGUGAAGAUGCUCUUUGUGUCAUCCAAGUUGAUCUCACAUCAAACGGUCACAUUAUCCGAAUUCCAUGAGCCUGAGACAAGCUCACAUUCUUGCAUUAUGUCAGAUAGGCAAGUGAGUGCUGGGAUUGUGGACUCACCCCCAUGUGACAAGACUCGAAGGUAAGGCUCCAAUACACUCAUGUUGACCAGACUCUCCUGAAGCGGGUCUCCCGUGCGGAACCGGCGCCACCUAGUGCCCUGGCUAUCUACCUGGUCUUGAUCAAGAGAACCCACACCCAUCUGCUCUGGUACUGACCCACGGGCCUUAUGGAAACGUGAUGCCACUCCCAGACGAAGCAGGUCAUCUGUGAAUGGGAAUAAUGUUUCAAUGGUCAAUUUCCCAUACAGUACUGUAGAUAACAAAAUGCAUAGACAGAUAGUGGUUAGGGUGUACUGUCUAUAAUAGAUGAUAUCUAUGGGGUUAAGAUCACCUAAUGCAAAGCAUAUAUAAAGGAAAUAGCUAUAUAUUAUGUAUUCCCCAAAAUAGCUUAUUUGUGUAUCUCAUGUGAAAAAUAUGGUGGUUCAAUAAGUUCAUGGACUGAUCUUGGACCUGUGAGAGUGAAGAAACGGACCAAAGAUAAAGGCUGUUAGUAUGUCCUGUCCACUGCACCCAGUUCUCACCCUCCAAAUCCAUGUCCUGCACUGGAAAGUGGAGGGACUCGCUGUCCGAAGGCGUUUCCAUGGCAUCCAAGUCAAUGUCCAGCCCCAAGUCAUCGUCAUCAGGGGAAGGAGAGAGGGCAGCUGUGGCAUAGUCGUCGGACACCACCGAGUCACUGUGAUCCAGCGUCAGACUUAG